CCUCCACCGCCCACUUCCGUUUCCGGUGUGGGCCGCGCGAGAGCACAGCGGUGGGAGGCGGCGACGAGCCGGUUGAGGCCCUACUCUUGGCCUCACCACGAUGUGGCACGAGGCUCGGAAGCAUGAGCGGAAGCUUCGAGGCAUGAUGGUGGACUACAAGAAGAGGGCAGAGCGGCGGCGAGAGUACUAUGAGAAGAUCAAGAAGGACCCAGCCCAGUUCCUGCAGGUGCAUGGUCGAGCUUGCAAGGUGCACCUGGACUCUGCAGUUGCCCUGGCUGCUGAGAGCCCCGUAAACAUGAUGCCCUGGCAGGGGGACACCAACAACAUGAUCGACCGCUUUGAUGUCCGCGCCCACCUGGACCACAUCCCCGACUACACCCCGCCGCUGCUCACCACCAUCUCCCCAGAGCAGGAGUCGGACGAGCGGAAGUGUAACUACGAGCGCUACCGAGGCCUGGUGCAGAACGACUUUGCUGGCAUCUCAGAGGAGCAGUGCCUGUACCAGAUCUACAUUGACGAGUUGUACGGAGGCCUCCAGAGACCGAGUGAGGACGAGAAGAAGAAGCUGGCAGAGAAGAAGGCUUCCAUCGGCUACACCUACGAGGACAGCACGGUGGCCGAGGUGGAGAAGGCGGCAGAGAAGCCGGAGGAGGAGGAGUCACCGGCCGAGGAGGAGAGCAACUCGGAUGAAGAUGAGGUCAUCCCGGACAUCGACGUGGAGGUGGACGUGGAUGAACUGAACCAGGAGCAGGUGGCAGAUCUCAACAAACAGGCCACGACCUAUGGCAUGGCUGAUGGUGACUUCGUCAGAAUGCUCCGGAAAGACAAGGAGGAGGCAGAGGCCAUCAAACACGCCAAGGCCCUUGAGGAGGAGAAGGCCAUGUACUCGGGCCGUCGCUCCCGGCGCCAGCGGAGGGAGUUCCGGGAGAAGCGGCUGAGGGGCCGAAAGAUCAGCCCACCCAGCUAUGCUCGCCGAGACAGCCCCACCUACGACCCUUAUAAGCGGUCGCCCUCGGAAUCCAGCUCCGAAUCCCGCUCCCGCUCCCGCUCACCGACCCCAGGCCGCGAGGAGAAGAUCACGUUCAUCACCAGUUUCGGGGGCAGCGACGAGGAGGCAGCCGCAGCCGCAGCCGCAGCAGCUGCAUCGGGGGCCGCCCCAGGGAAGCCCCCUGCGCCUCCCCAGCCCGGCGGCCCCGCACCGGGACGUAAUGCCAGCGCCCGCCGCCGCUCCUCCACCUCCUCCUCCUCCUCUUCUGCCUCGAGGACCUCCAGCUCCCGCUCCCGCUCCAGCUCCAGCUCCCGCUCCCGCCGCGGCGGGGGCUACUACCGCUCCGGCCGCCACGCCCGCUCCCGCUCCCGGUCCUGGUCGCGCUCUCGGUCCCGCUCCCGGCGCUACUCGAGGUCCCACAGCCGCGGCCGACGGCACUCGGGUGGGGGCUCCCGAGAAGGACACCGCUACUCCCGUUCGCCUGCCCGGCGUGGUGGUUACGGGCCCCGGCGCAGAAGCAGGAGCCGCUCCCGCUCGGGAGACCGGUACAGGCGGGGCGGCCGGGGCCCCCGGCACCACAGCAGUAGCCGCAGCCGAAGCAGCUGGUCCCUCAGCCCGUCCCGAAGUCGCAGCCUGACUCGGAGCCGCAGCCCUAGCCAGAGCCACAGUCGGAGUCAGAGUCGCAGCCGCAGCCGCAGCCACAGCCAGAGUCACUCGCCAUCGCCCCCAAGGGAGAAGCUGAGCAGGCCGGCGGCGUCCCCCGCUGUGGGCGAGAAGCUGAAAAAGACCGAACCUGCCGCUGGUAAAGAGACAGGAGCUGCCAAAGUCACCCAAGCUGACGCCGCAGGAGAAGCUGAAGCUGAGAAUGCAGAAGGCACUGAACAGGCAGUUCAAGGCGGAUAAGAAGGCAGCUCAGGAGAAGAUGAUCCAGCAGGAGCAUGAGCGCCAGGAGCGGGAAGAUGAGCUUCGAGCCAUGGCCCGCAAGAUCCGAAUGAAGUAAGACCAUCCCCGCUGCCUGCCUCCUGGUUGCCGCCUCGGGUUGCCUCACGUUCUCCACCGCCUGAGCCCUGGCCAAGCCCCCUGGUGGAUGAAAAGCAAAGCCCUUGCCUGGCCCUCAGGCCUCUCGUCUCCUCCCCGUCCCUAGCUUAUUCAAGCAGUGCCGUGACCUCCCAGCUCCGUGACCUCCCAGCUCCACCAGCCCAGCUUGGGUGGCUUUUCUUGCUCCCCCGCCUCCCUCCCUUGCUGCUCUGGGGCCCUCCUCGGCCAUCCUGUGCGGAGCAGCACCCCGGAGCACCGUCCGCUGGCCCCGCUCUGCUCGCUUCAGAGCACUCCUCUCCCUGGUGGCCCGGUGUGCCCUGUGCCCUUGCCCCACCCUUGCUGGCAUCCCCACGCAGUCAGGCCCGGCUGCCAGGCUCCUGCUGGGUGCUCAGCCCCUAGACCACUGGUGCUCUGCUGAACACAGGCCAGCUCCGCGCAGGAGCUAGGGCCUCCUCGCCUCUCCUCCGCUUCUGCUUCUCUUCUCACCUCGACUCUGCAGAGCUGAACGGCCGGGAGCCGGGGUCCGACAGCCUCGGGGUCCGGCCCCAGCGCUGCCUCUCUGCCUGUGUGGCCCUGGAGAGGGCGCUGGCCCACACUCUGGAGUGAGGACGGUCCUUGGUGCCGACCACACAGGGUAGCUCAGGGGUUAGUGCCCGCAAAGCCUCAGCCCACCUGGGGCGGUGGGCAGAACUGGAGGCGUGCUGAUGUGGGCAAGGAGGCCAGUCACUCAGUCCCCAAGCUGUGGUGCCUGUACUUGUUUCUGGUUGCACCUUGUAGUUGCCGUGAGUUCUUGGAUAAGCACCCUAACCUCUCCGAGCUGGGACUCGUGUGAGACAGACGUGAUCAGGCAGCCCCUCUCUGUGGGGUCUUGUUAGAGGCUCCUGGCGUGCGGGGCUUGGAGCUGCCAUUAGUUGCUUGUCACCCGCCCAUAGUGCGCCGGGCUCCCCAGGAUGCCGCGUGCUCUCAUCCCGACUGGAGGGGCAGGGUGCCCGGGGACUCGGCCGUGUAAUCAGUCAGCCCGCCUGCCUCUGCCACCCACCCUCCGUGGGCUGUCCCUGUCUGGGCGUCCGCUUGCUCAGCUGCUGCGUGGGGUAUGGAUUAGCUGUCCCCUCAUGGCUCGCUGGGAGGGCUCAGGGCCGCCAGGGCUGGGCAAGAGCACCUGAGAAAUGUAGCCCUUGGGGCUGCAGAUCCCAGUCACUCUGACAGAGGCCAGUCAGGCUCUUAGCGCAUGAAUCUCUGUGUCCUGAUUGCACCCUGAGCAGGACAGGAGACCAGGGAAUGCCCCCUCCACUCCCCCCCUUUGUGUUUGUGCAGCAAGCCUUUCCUAGCGAGGUGGACUGAUUCAGAGGCUGCCCUGGCAGCCAGGGACCCUCUCUGAGCUCAGUGCCCCUGUUUCUGAGUGAGGAGAGGAACAGGACGUGCUCUUGGGUGACCCUUCCACCUGUGCAGCCGCAUGCCCACCCCUCCCCCUGGUCUGCUGCCCCUUCCCC